AUGCUGCUGUUCUGCUCGCUUUCUCUACUCUGCUUCUCCAUACAGCAGCAGCAGCAGCAGCAGCACCGAUUCCGCCUCAAUGGUAAACCAGUCCUAUCCCAGCGCGAGAAACUCAUCCAAAAGAUCGAAGCCGGAGUCCAACGAAAGGCUCACUUCAAAUCACGAAACGGAUGCGCCGCAUGCAAGCAGAAACGAGUCAAAUGCGACGAAGUCAAACCAAUAUGUGGGAAAUGCGCCGCAAAGGGGACGACAGCAGCUUGUCUGUACAACAACAAUAACAACGACGGUGAACAAUCCCAGCAGACAUUACCAAUAUACCAAAUCCAACCCAAAUCCUUAACCCUAGCUGGCAUCAAUCAACUCGCCAACACCAUCAUUCCGGCAGAGCUCCUCCUCCAUCAUUUCUAUACCCACACCAGCCACCGCUUGAUGGGCGGGGAAAAGCGACAAUCCAUAUACAGAUACCAUAUGCUUCCGCUGUCGAUCUCACAGCAUUCGCUGCUUCAUGCUAUUCUGGCUGUGUCGGCGAGGGAUCUGCUCUACCUACAUCGCCAUCAUCAGGACUGCCAGCAUGGUUACCAACAAAUAAAUGAGCAACAGAAACUCGAGCUAUCAUUCUACCACCACUACCACCGCUUCGCAACCCUCUACAAAGACGACCUCCUCCGCCAACCAUCUACCGAAACAGCCAACCUAGCUCACUCGAACGCAUUUCUCAUGAACGUCCUAGUCGUCGCAGAUCCAGCGUGUACCUCCUCCACCUCCACAUCAAACUCAUGGGUCACAAGAAAAGCCAAAGACAACAUCGACGCCGCAUUCUCAUGGAUCAAAGUCCAAGCUAUUCAUCAGACGAUUCUAAAGCCCUAUUGGAAAUUUGUGCCCAGUACAUUUUGGUAUUCUGUGUUCGUGGACGAUCAUCACCAGCAGAAGGACGACCAAGAACAAGAAAGACCCUCCGUAAAUACAACUACCGGCAUAAGGAAUAUCAUCAUCGAUCAUCUCGCUAUUAUAUGUGCUACUGAAGAAACAUCUACUACAACGCCGGAAAGGAACGUCUAUCUCUCCGCGUAUAAGAAUCUAUGCUCUAUCCUCACUACACCUAUCCAUCGUACAUCUCGAACACCAUCUCUCUCAGCUCAAAUUUUCGGCACAUACAUCAAAUUCAUGAUCGAGCUAAAUGAAUACUUUGUUAAUUCACUUCGCUCUAAGGAUGAACCUGCGCUGCUAAUGUUCAGCAUCUGGUUAAAUCGUAUGAGAAGGUUAGAUAUAUGGUGGAUGAACGAGAGGGCGGGGAGUGAAUGUGCCGCUAUUUGGGAAUUUUUGGAGAGCAGUAAUAACUUGAGAGUUAGGGAAGUGUAUAGUGGGAAACAAGUAUGUCGCUUCCCUCAAAGGGGCAAUCCCAGCAGCGACCCCAGCAGUUAAAUUCAGUUAUACACUAUAUAAAGCUCCAACAUGCAAGAUGAGUAUUAUUGAAAAUCGAGCCCAGUGCCCUCGUACAUCCUAUGCUCUGUGAGUGUGUGUGUGUUCAGAGCCCAACUCCUCCCAUGCCCGAGUCCGUUAUAACCUGGAAAGCAUCCAUGAACAAAAGAAGAAAAGAAAACCAUCCGAUCGAGAGGAAUAGAAAUUAAAUCUAAGAAGCCAGCAGCCAGCCUGAGGGGUAAAUGCGCUCCAGAUAUCAGUGCAAUGCAGCGAGACCCAUGACGAUCAUCAGUCGUGAGUCCUGGAACGUGGGGAAAACACACAACUCCGGGGGGUGGGGAUCCAAUACCAGGGCAAGUCUAAACGAAAGUAAGAAGGAGAGAAGGUGGCAGAUGGUAAAAAGGGGUAGUAUAGGUAAGAGAGAGUGAGCGUGGUAAGGUCAAGAUCAAGGGAGAAAGGUUCGGACGGUAGAGUAUAG